AUGAGAGAAAUUGUUCAUUUACAAACCGGCCAAUGUGGUAACCAAAUAGGUGCCAAAUUUUGGGAAGUAAUUUCAGAUGAGCAUGGUAUCGACUACACUGGUACUUAUACCGGUGACUCUGACCUUCAGUUAGAAAGAAUCUCAGUAUAUUAUAACGAAGCCGCGGGUGGUAAAUAUGUUCCGCGCGCUGUUCUCGUUGACCUUGAACCUGGUACUAUGGAUUCUGUUCGUGCUGGUCCUUUCGGUCAACUCUUCCGUCCGGAUAACUUUGUCUUUGGUCAAAGUGGUGCCGGUAACAACUGGGCCAAAGGUCAUUAUACUGAAGGUGCUGAGCUCGUAGACUCUGUAUUAGACGUUGUACGAAAAGAAGCAGAAUCUUGUGACUGUUUACAAGGUUUCCAAAUCACCCACUCUCUUGGUGGUGGUACUGGUGCUGGUAUGGGAACUUUACUCAUCUCAAAAAUUCGUGAAGAAUACCCAGACCGCAUGAUGUGCACAUUUUCGGUUGUUCCCUCACCAAAGGUAUCUGACACUGUCGUUGAACCAUACAACGCGACCUUAUCAGUACAUCAGUUGGUCGAAAAUUCCGAUGAAACUUUCUGCAUCGAUAAUGAAGCUUUAUAUGAUAUUUGCUUCCGUACAUUGAAAUUGAGUACGCCAACUUAUGGUGAUCUCAACCAUUUGGUAUCUGCGGUCAUGAGCGGUAUUACCACAUGUUUACGAUUCCCUGGUCAAUUGAAUGCAGAUUUGAGAAAAUUAGCUGUAAACAUGGUUCCUUUCCCUCGUCUUCAUUUCUUUAUGGUCGGAUUUGCCCCAUUGACUUCUCGUGGAUCUCAAGGUUAUCGUGCCUUGACUGUCCCAGAAUUAACUCAACAAAUGUUUGAUGCCAAGAACAUGAUGGCAGCCUCAGAUCCUCGUCAUGGUCGAUAUUUGACUGUUGCCGCAAUGUUCAGGGGUCGUUGUUCAAUGAAGGAAGUAGACGAUCAAAUGUUAUCUGUUCAAACAAAGAACAGUUCAUAUUUUGUUGAAUGGAUCCCCAAUAAUGUUAAAAGUCUCAAGAUGUCGGUUACUUUCAUCGGUAACUCAACAUCGAUUCAAGAGCUCUUCAAACGUAUCAGUGAUCAAUUCACUGCUAUGUUUAGGCGUAAAGCUUUCUUGCAUUGGUAUACUGGCGAGGGUAUGGACGAAAUGGAAUUCACUGAAGCAGAAUCAAAUAUGAACGAUUUGGUAUCUGAGAAUGGGACUCGUUUGGAUUUGGGCUUUUUACAUCAUUCAGGUAUUUUUUCAUCAUGGGCGAAAUUU